UUAAGGAAUAAGAUUGAUGCACUAAAAAAUAACUUAAAUUCGCUGUAUCAUAAAUUCACAAUAAUAGCUCUUACUGAAACAUGGCUUAAUAAUAAUGACUAUGAUAAUUUUGAAAUACCAGGAUACAAAUCAACCAAGUUUCUUAGGCAAAAUAAAAAAGGAGGUGAAAUCUGUAUUUUUUCUAGGAAUGACUUAAAAUUUAAAUUGAGGAAUGACUUUGUCUUCGAAGAUGACACGGAUGACACAGGGAAUCUAUUUAUUGAAAUAAUUAAUGGAAAAUUUAAGAAUAUCAUAAUUGGCACGAUAUACCGACCACCAAACAACAGAUUUAAUAAAUUUGAAAAUGACCUUAAUUAA